ACACACACACACACACACACAGACAGAUAUAAAUGAGCGCGCGGGUCUCACUCGUCAGUGUGGCGCGGGUCGCGCGCAGACACGCUAGUGUUCAGUUAGUUUCACGCGCAAUAACAGAACAAAGUGUGCGAUGGACCCGACUCCAGUGAACUUUCACUGGAAACUCUGAAGCGAAAAUACCCGUGUAUAAAUAGCCUCUGAUGGUCCUGAUCUCCAGUGAACUGCUGCCGUUACCGGAGGAGCGUCACAGCGCGAGCUGAUUCACCGGUGUGUGUGUGUGUGUGUGUGAUGAGCUGAUCAUGGGUGAAGCGUUCACACACACGCAGCUCUGCGGGAAACAUCUGCGUCUGCUGCUCUUCAUCCUGCUGCCGUGUGUGUGCGUCCUGAUCUGUGUGUGUGUGCUGCUGCUGACGCUCACAGGUUUAUUUGGGAAUGGCCUGCUGGACGCCGGAGCUCCCGUCUCCAUAGCAACGCUCACACCGCUGACCGAUGGUCCCGUUAACAGCACUGAACCCGGCCCAAUGGCAUCCGAUAACGAAACGGUCCCGACCCACGCUCCUCCACACUGGAUGCCUCGUGCCGACGGCUCUUCAUCCUCCUCCUCUUCAUCAACGGGUCCCACCGCUGCCGCCUCGCUGGAUUGGUGGAUGUCCAUUUCCACGGCGACGAGCAUGAGCGCAGAGGCUGGUUCCUGCUCUGACAUCACAGAGAGUCAGUGUCACAUGCUGCCGUACAAUCAGAGUGGUGUGUUGCCGGGGACGACGGUCGUCAAGAGCAGCGAGCUGCAGAUGUUCCUGAAGUUUUUCAGCUAUCUGAGUCGGCUGUCCUGUUACAGGCACAUCAUGCUGUUUGGAUGCUCCAUCGCACUCCCACAAUGCAUCAGCCACGGAGAUCGCAGGACACUGGUGCUGCCGUGUCAGUCGUUCUGUGAGGCGGCUCGUGAAGGCUGUGAACCCGUGCUGCAGAUGUUCAACGCGUCCUGGCCGGACUUCCUGCGCUGCUCUCAGUUUACCAAUAACACGGGAACUGCAGCUGAAAACAUGCCGCUCUGCUACAUGCCACGACAGGCCAGAGGCAAACUCUCUGUGUGCGGAGGAAGUGAUCACUUUCUGUGUGCGACCGGAAUAUGUGUCCCUCUCAAACUAGUGUGCAACGGAUACAACGACUGUGACGACUGGAGCGAUGAGGCCGAUUGCACUUGUGCAGAUGGUCAGUUUUCGUGUGCUACUGGUCGCUGUGUCAGUUCUGAUCUUCUGUGUGACGGCUACGAUGACUGUGGCGAUCUGAGUGACGAGCAGAACUGUGCGUGUGACGGAGCUGAAGAGCAUCGCUGUGGAGAAGGACGCUGUAUUCCUAGAGACUGGCUCUGUGACGGAGACCAUGACUGCCUGGACAAAAGCGACGAGCUGAACUGCUCGUGUAAGUCCCAGGGUUUGGUGGAGUGCAGGAAUAAGCAGUGUAUUCCCAGUGCCUUUCGCUGCGAUGGUGAAGAUGACUGUAAAGAUGGCAGUGAUGAAGAGAACUGCACACAACAACAGACUCAGGGUUUGUGUCCACCUGGUCAGUCCGGUUGUACUUCCAUCUCCUGCUCCUCUGGCUGUCAUGGAAACACAUCAUGUGACCUGCGCAACACUGGCAACAACUGCAGUGGCUGUGAGCCCAUCUCUGUGGAGAUCUGCAUGAAUCUGCCCUAUAACUCCACCAGAUUCCCCAACUAUCUGGGUCAUCAGUCUCAGAAGGAGACGUCAGUCAGCUGGGAGUCGUCGCUCUUUCCUGCACUAGUUCAGACAAACUGCUACAAAUAUCUCAUGUUCUUCGCAUGUACGGUGCUUGUGCCAAUGUGUGAUCCAUUAACACAGCAGAGAGUGCCGCCCUGCAGGUCUCUGUGUAGGAAUUCAAAGGAGCGUUGUGAGUCAGUGCUAGGAAUUGUGGGAUUGCAGUGGCCUGAGGAUACAGAUUGUGCUCAGUUUCCAGAGGAAGGUCAAGCAAACAGUUCCUGUUUACUUCCUGACCCGGAUGUGAACGAGUGCUCUCCCAGUCACUUCAAGUGUCGCUCGGGACGAUGCGUCCUCUCAUCCAAACGCUGUGAUGGACACACAGACUGUGAUGACGACAGCGAUGAGGAAACAUGCGGCUGUGUGGAGCGGGGCUUGUGGGAAUGUCCCGGAGACAAAACCUGCAUCCAUCACAACAUGAUCUGUGACGGGUUUCCUGACUGCAGCCAACAGGAAGACGAGAAGAACUGCUCCGCAUGCAGCAGUCAUGAGCUGGAGUGUAAUAAUCAUCAGUGUGUUCACCGAUCGCUGUGGUGUGACGGCAGGAGACACUGCUCUGACAGCUCAGACGAGUGGAACUGCGUGUCUCUGUCUGACGAGGGUUUGGUGCUGGUGUAUAAGGCCGGGUUGGAGUAUCAGGUGUGCGCGGAUGGAUGGAGCUCAAACCUCAGCAGCAUCACAUGUACACAGAUGGGUUUAGGUUCCUCUCUCUCUGCAGACGCAGUGCUGGACGUGUCGUCUGCUGCGGGACGGAGGCGCUGGCUGCAUGUCGACCCAGAAUGGAGUCCACAGAACAUGUUUCCUCUACAGGGCUUGCUGGAAAAGCGAGGGCAGAGCUGUCCAUCAUACAAGAAGAUCUCACUGCAGUGUACAAGAGACGAAUGUGGCCGCCGCCCUGCUGCGCGGAUGGUGAAGAGGAUUCUGGGAGGCCGCACGAGUCGCCCGGGCCGGUGGCCGUGGCAGUGCUCACUGCAGAGUGAUCCCAGCGGACACAUCUGUGGCUGUGUGCUCAUUGGGAACAAGUGGGCUCUUACUGUAGCUCACUGCUUUGAGGGGCGUGAGAGCGCAGACGCGUGGAAGGUGGUUCUUGGGAUUAAUAAUCUGGAUCAUCCUUCUCCACACAUGCAAACGCGGCGAGUCAGAAGCAUCAUCGUUCACUCGCGCUACAAUCGCGCGGUCGUGGACUAUGACAUCAGCGUGGUGGAGCUGGAGUCGGAGGUGCAGGUGACCAGUUACGUGCGACCCGUCUGUCUGCCGCGCCGCGGACAGCUGCCCAAAGCCGACCAGUACUGCCACAUCACGGGCUGGGGACACGUGGGGAACAGAAUGCCGUUUAAGCUGCAGGAGGGAGAGGUGCGGAUCAUCUCCGUCUCUCAGUGUCAGUCUUACUUCGACAUGAAGACCAUCACGUCACGGAUGCUCUGCGCCGGAUACGAGGCGGGAACCAUCGACUCCUGCAUGGGUGACAGCGGCGGUCCGCUGGUCUGUGAGGAGGACGACGGCCGCUGGUCUCUGUACGGUUUGACCUCCUGGGGCUCCGUGUGUUUCUCUAAGGUCCUGGGCCCCGGCGUCUACGCCAAUGUGACUCACUUCACUGAGUGGAUCGAGAGACAGAUUUACCUGCGCACGUUUAGCCUGCUGUAGGUGAACACACACACACACACACACACACACACACACACACACGCACAGCUGGAGACGGACCGUGAACCUGCUACACUGAUCAUUCCACGUGUGAGUGUGUGCCACUCGUUUUGGACUGUAUGACAAGCACGUCUCAUGCUACAAGCUUCACACGUCCUCAUGUUACCGUGGCAGUAAUGACUCACGCACUCAAGGGGGCGACAGUUUCCUUCAGACGUCUGUCAUUAAACCAGAUGUGUUUCUAUUCAGGCAGCUGCUAUAAACAUGUCGACAGUUCAACCAGAUUCUCUUCCACUGUUGCUCUGCGUUGACUGCUGAAAGAGAAACUGACCGAGAGCGUUUGUGCUAAUGCUUCAGCGCCCGUUACAUGCUUGAGAACAUGAACUCAAGCUGCAGUUGGGCGUUUGUGUUCUUCUGACGCAACAAUGAAUGUCAGCGAGCUUCACGUUCAGGCCUGUAUGAUCUGUCACGUUAUCCAGAAACAGAGAAUCUCCCUUAUAAACACCACAGACUGAUACACGGACAGUGCGUGCGAGUGUGUGUGUGUGAGUGUGUGCGCGCGUGUGUGUGAGUGUGUGUGCGUGUGUGUGUGCGUGUGUGUGUGCGCGUGUGUGUGUGUGUGUGUUUGGUCUGUUUCACACAUCCUGUAUCUGCAGCACAUCAGUAGACACACGUUCGCUUUCACACUGACACAUUUCUGUUGUUACUACAUUUAUAAACAGCCAUAAUGAAAUAUAUAUUGAUAAUUGUUAUAACUUUGAUUGUCCUGAAAUCAGUUUACAUGAUAGAUGAACAGCCUUCCUGUAGCUCAAACAGUAGAGCACGGCGCUCGCAACGCAAAGGUCAUGGGUUCGAUUCCCAGGGGAAGCAAGAGCUGAAAGAAAAGUGCAGCUUGAAUCUAAUCGAAGUCGCUUAAAGCGUUUGCCAAAUGCAGAAAUGUAAAUGUUAAUCUAUCAAUAAUCUACCCGAGAGUCAAAGCGCAGCUGUAAACUGAGUAGAGUUUGUGUCUGUAGACGUCUAGUGUUUUCACUCUAGUGUUUUAUCAUGCUUCAUAAAGCCCUAUUGUUGUAGAUAAACGGGUCCAUUUUCAGCGUGUUUUCUGUUGCGCGGCUCAAACAGGCUUGUGUGUGUUAACACUGCCACUGAAACGAAUACGUGCUGCUGGUGCGAGAUGUGCGAAACAGGCUUCACGAUUUCACACCAGGUCAAAGGGCUCCUGCUGCUCACCUUCCUUUCCUCUGCAUUUUCUCUGCUGCUAUUGGUUGGUUCUGUAAAUGGGCAGGACCUUCAAAAACCUCUCAACCAAUGAUCUUCUAUGUUGGUUUGUGUAGUUAAUGACAUCAGUGUGUUUUCCCUUCAGUGUGUUAAACGUGUUUGUCGUAGUAAUAUUCUCUUCACUGUGUCACAGAGCUUCUGCCUUUUAGUGCAACAUUCCGUCGGUUUUCAUUUUUAAAGAAUAUUUUUCUACUGAUUUUGUGCAUAAAGCAGUAAACCUGAACUCUGAUGUACUAUGUUUUUAAUGCUCUGUAAAUACAGUUCACGUUUGUGUAAAAAUGUGCAUUAAAGAUUUAUAUCCAUUACAUUAA